AUGAUUGUGACACCCAACGAUACAGGCGUCGACGCCACGGCCCCGGCUGCCAGCGGAUCGCGUGCUUCCCAGCCGGAGCGCAACGGCGCUGAAAAGCCUGCUGCCAGCGAUCAGGAGACGAGCGUCAGCAGCAUUCUCGCACAGCUCAACCAGGAGCAGCUCGCCAGCAUCGUCGCCGCUGCCCGUGCGUCCGAGGCCGGCCGCCGCAGCGAGGGCUCGGGCACCGAAGGUGCCGCCGACAGCGCGCUCGAGAACCUCCCGCCCGGCCUCGGCCAGGCCGCCACUGCCUUGACCUCGAUCGCAUCAGCCUUCAAGCGCAACAGCGCGCGUGGUCAAGACGCGCAGGCAGGAGCCGAGACGGAGCGACUCGAAGAUGCGCCUCCGCCACCCGGCACGGAGCAGCAGGUGGUGCAGGACGGGCUCGAUGACACUGCUGCGCACCUUGACAGCCGCCUGCAAGGUGCGACGCGACCGCCGCGCGAGGCCGUCGACGUCAAGGUCAAGGCCGCCAUUGCCAGCCUCAACAGCAUGGCUGCGCAGCAGGGCGACGGCAGCUCCCGCCGAACCCCCGGUCGAGUCACCUCGCCCUCUGCGGCCUCGCCCGAUGGCGCCUCGCCGACCGGAACUCCGGGCAGCAGCGGCGGCUCUAACAAGCGUAUGCGAGAGCCGGACCUGGAGCGGGCGAGGAAGGACAACCACAAGGAAGUCGAGCGAAGACGCCGCUCGGCGAUUGCCGACGGUAUCACGCAGCUCUCGCAGAUUGUGCCCGGCUGCGACGCCAAAAACACCAACAAGUCGUCGAUCAUUGUGGCGGCGGUCAACUACAUCCAGGACCUCAAGAACAAUGAGGCGAGCAACAUUGAGAAGUGGACACUCGAGAAGCUGCUCAUGGACCAGGCCAUGGGCGACUUGCACAGCCAGCUCGAGGAGGUCCGCAGGGACAAUGACCGGCUGCGGCAGCUGCUCGACGAGCGCCGCUGGGUCGAGGAUCGCGAGAGGGACCGCGAUAGGGACCGCCACAGACACGUCGACGAGGCUGAGCACGAGCCUUCGGACUCGCGCUCGGCUCACCAUCUCAACGGGCAUGCAGGUUCGGCAGUGGGCGAGGAUUCGGCAGUGGGCGCGGGGGAGGCCGAGGCCGAGGGCGAAGACGACCACCACCGUGGCGCUGCGGGCGACAAGAGGACUUUCGGCGACAUGCAGGGAGAGCCCGAGCACGGCCGUCGAGUCGAAGACGGACUCGAAGACGACGCGGCGGCCAAGCGGGCCAAGGUGGCCGCCUGA